AUGCGCGAGCGCCGCGCCCCGCGUCUGUGUGCGUGCGCCGAGUGCGAACGGGACACAUUCUUGUGCUUGCGCUGUCUCGCUCACUCACACGUCCCUUUGAAUAAUUUAGUUGAAGUUGGUAUGGGGGCGCGCGGGGGCGAGGCUUGCGAAGGGGCGAGGGGCGACGCCCCCGCCGCGCCCCCCCGCUGGCACUCCUCCGCAAAUGCAAUACAAAAACGUUUCAUUCCGUGC